AUGAAAAUCAACGUUUUGAGCUGUCUUUUUUUGGCUGCUACUGCCAAAGCCAUGAUACUUUCGAGCAGUUCAGAUUCCAUAUCCAUACUAGAAAAAAGACAAACUCCUCCAAAUGAACCGAAUCCGUCAACCAGCCAACAAUCGCAUCCGUCAACCAGCCAACAAUCGAGUCAGAAUGGCGCAAAACCUAAAUCACAUUUUCCAGAAGGACCAUUUGGUCACAUCCUUGACGGAGCACCACCAUUAAGGGCUAGCGAUCUCGGCUAUGAUGAUGACGGAACACCUUUGGAUGAAGGCGAUCCUAGAUGUAAGGAACUGUCUACAGCUGAACGGUGUUAUCGUGCUGCUCAUGAAAUGACUCUAUCAGCAAUAGAGGAUAACAAAAUUACCCAAAGAAAAAUAAUCGAGCUAAAAGAAUGUCAGGAAACACUCGAGCAAAUGAAACUAUGCUUAAAUCACAAAAGAUCAAGUUUGGGCAAAAUCAAGUCGACUAUUUCGCGCAAGUCCUCCAUACGCAAGUCAUGUCAAGACAUCACUUUGGAAAAAGUCAAGGCUCAACAUCGGAAAUGCAGAAAAUUAGAUGAAGAGGUUGAAGAAAUGAUGGAAAAGGAAAGAGAUGAUAUUAAUAUGAUUCAACAUUACAAGAUGGUGACCGCUCGGCUUAACAAAUCAUAA